AGAGAGAAGAUGAAGGGCACUUGACUACUUUUUUAUGUUGCACGCAUCCGUCCAUCCAUUUUUCCAUUCAUCCCAGAAAACACAAACCAAAAAUAAAAACACAUCAUCUAUCAUCCAUCAUCCUCCCACAACAAUACCUCUCAAUUCACUUUCUGUUUUCUUCUUCUUCUUCUUCUUCUUCUUCUUCAAUAUGGGUUUCCAUUUUUACAUGCAUUUUCAUAGCUUUUAAGCUCCAAAACCGGUUUUUUCUUUCUUUAUUUUUUUUAUUGUUUUUUUGUUUUCGGUUUCAUUUUCUUCUAAGUUUUCUGAAAUCUGGAAAAGGGGAUGCCCUUACCCUUUGAAUUCGAGGGGAAGGGGGUGGUGUGGUUGGAGAACCAGCAAGAAGACGCACAGUUUCUUGUACCUUAUGCAAAUCCACUUGUACAUUUUCAGAAUUUGGUAAACAAGAAGAGGAAGUACUACAUCAACGAGCCAAGGUCUGUCCUGGAUAACAUCACCACCAGUCCAAGUCCUCCUGCUUCGACAUCAACCCUGUCUUCUUCUCACGGCGGUGCUGAAACAGCCGGGGUGGCGGCGCUUUCUUCCAAAUGGCCACCGCCGGAAAAUCAAGAAACCAGCACCUCCAAUGUGGGAGGAGUUCUUGACCUCCACCACUUUCAACAACUGCCUCUUGAAGAGAAAUGUGGCGGAAUGGAGGACUGGGAGAACGGAGACUCCGGCCAAGACCAGGCCAUGCUCCGGUGGAUCAUGGGUGAUGUGGAAGACCCAUCUAUGGGUUUAAACAAAAUGCUUCAUGGAAACCCCGGUGGUGACUUCGAGUUUAACGGUGGGUUUGGUGUUGUAGAUCAAGGUUUUAUAGGUCUCGAUUCCGGCAACCCAGUUGUCAGCCAAAUCGGAAACUUAUCCUCAAACCCUCAACUUCCACCAUCUCCGACGCCGGCCAUGUUCAACAACAACCACCAUCAUCAUCAAAAUCAAAUCUUUUCACCAUUAAACGAAACCCAGAUGCUCCCAUUUGAUGUAAAACCAAAUCUUUUCAACCCACAAUUGCCAUUUGAACACCUGAUGCCACCGCAACCCAAAAGGCACAACCCAGGAAGCAUAGAGUACAACCCUUCAAUGCACAAGAACCCGUUUCUUGAUUCGGGUCCAACUCCGAACCCACUUCAAUUGCUUCAAAAAUCUUCAUCAAUGAAGAAAAUGGUAGCCAUUAAUCAUCAUCAGCAGCAGCAUCAGCAAGGGAUCAUUGACCAGCUUUUCAAAGCAGCAGAUUUGAUCCAAUCCGGGAACAAUCCGAUACUCGCGCAAGGGAUAUUGGCGCGGCUCAAUCAUCAGCUUUCACCAGUCGGUAAGCCUUUCGAAAGGGCAGCUUUUUAUUUCAAAGAAGCUCUUCAAUUACUCACACACUCGAUACUCAACAAUAUUAAUCCCCAAACUACCCCUACCGCUUCACCUUUUAGUUUAAUCUUCAAGAUCGGUGCUUACAAAUCAUUCUCAGAGAUCUCCCCUUUCAUUCAGUUCGCUAAUUUCACUUGUAAUCAAGCAUUACUUGAAUCACUUAAUGGGUUUGAUCAGAUUCACAUCAUCGAUUUCGAUAUUGGUUAUGGAGGUCAAUGGGCUUCACUUAUGCAAGAGCUUGCUUUACGUAACAAUGGCGUUUCCUCGUUAAAAAUCACAGCUUUUGCUUCACCUUCAAGCCACGACCAGCUGGAAUUAGGGUUAACCCGAGAGAAUUUGAUCCAUUUCGCUAGUGAAAUCAACGUUGGAUUUGACUUUGAGAUUGUUAACAUCGACGUUCUUGCUUCUUCUUCAUGGUCGUUACCCUUUCAUGUAUCUGACAACGAAGCCAUUGCUGUGAACCUACCAAUUCAUGUCUUCUCAAACCACCAAACCCAAAUCCCUUCAGUUCUCCGAUUCGUCAAAAAUCUCUCUCCUAAAAUCGUUGUUUCUGUUGACCGUGGGUGCGAUAGAACCGAUUUAUCGUUUUCUAAUCACUUGAUUCACGCCCUUCAAUCGUAUUCAAACCUGCUUGAAUCCCUCGACGCUGGGAACAUGACCCACGACUUGUUGCAGAAAAUCGAGCGGUUCUUGAUUCAACCCGCUAUUGAAAAGAUCGUUUUGGGUCGGUUUCUUUUCCCUGAAAAGACUCAGCAUUGGCGAAAUCUGUUCUUAUCUGCUGGUUUUUCGCCAUUGAUGUUCAGUAAUUUUACAGAAAGUCAAGCAGAGUGUUUGGUGAAGAGGACUCCUGUUCGUGAAUUCCAUGUGGAGAAGAGACAAUCGUUGCUUGUGCUUUGCUGGCAACGUCGGGAGCUCGUGUCGGCUUCUGCUUGGAGGUGCUGAAAGGUGUCUGUUGAAAGAUGAUGAUCAUCGGAAGUUGUUAACCUUUUGGGUGAAUUUUAAUUAUGUUAAUGUUGCUAAUUGUUCGGAAAUCGAAGAAAGAACAAGAUACGGUAGUUAUUGAUGUUCUUAGUAUGUUGGAUAUGUUUAUGAAUGUAUCGAAGAUGUUUUUUGGGCUGUUUAUCGCAGCUAAAAACAUUAAUCUCGAUUCUAAUUAUGUUUAGGUCAUGUCUUUUGUUGUAAUCUUGACAGCAAAAACGGAAAUUAAUUCAAAUUGUGAAAAACAAA